AUGUCACCUUAUUUGGCAUUUGCAAAUGACUCUGGCUUAGCAGUCGUUGAUGUCGUUCAGCGUACCUGCCUGCUUUCGCUGGCCACAUCGGAUCUCUAUGGUGAGCCGUAUAUUUCUUUAUUCCAUUUAUCGUUUACCUUUUAG